AUGUACACACAGAUGCACGCACUGCACGUUGUGACCAUUGACGUGAUAGAGACAGUCUCAGUAGCCGACGAGUCGACAUUCUCCUCCACCACACAACUAGUCUCAGUAGCAGACGAGGCAAGUGACCCUACCACACGACUUGUCUCAGUAGCAGACGCGUCAACAUAUUCAACCCCACAACUAGUCUCAGUAGCCGACGAGUCAACAUUCUCCUCCACCACAAAACUAGUCUCAGCGGCAGACGAGUCAAUAUUCCCCAUAGCUCAACCUUCCAGUGUUGAACACGACAUAGCUUCAACCCUCGCACUUAGAGACACACUUCACCCCACGCUCGCUGCAACACCCGAGCUAGCUCCCACAGUAACGCAAAUAGAUAAUGAUAAUAACAAUAUGUACUCUGUAGAUAGCGUAGGGGAAGUUCUUGAACCUUCUAGAAUAUCACCCCCUGCGUCAAUCGCUGCCACGUCCACCCGCUACAGCACGAUAGCGGACGAAGACGAUGAUGCCGUGAUAGAGUCCUCCCAGAACCUUCUACAACUUUCUCUCCUCUCUCCAGCCGCAGGUGAGAGUACCCCGGGCCCUGGCGAUGACGUCACGGUUAUGUCAAGGACGGUCGCGCUGCCGGCGUCGUUUGUCUCGGGUUAUUCGAGCAGCCUGUCCGACCAGACGGAGGUCACAGAGGUCACGGAGGUCAAGGAGGUCAGUGUGAGUGAGAGUGUGUUCCCAGUCACCCGCCUUGUUUCCCUCGCGGCCACCGAGUUUCUGAGUGCGCAUGACCUUGGCCUUGACCUGUCUAACAGUGGACUCGGGUCCACGCAUGCCAAUACUUUGUCUGUUGUGAUGCCGUCAGAAUUUGAUGCAUUGUCCAGCAUGUUUGAUAGUGACCUUUCCCUUUCAGUGAGUCGUACAGGUGAGGAGGUUCUAGAAAUCUCCACGAGCUCUCCGAUGUCCAGUUCUGUAUCCGGACGUCUCCAGUCUGAAGACCCAAGUGUACCUGAGAAUACAAUUCUUUUAGGAAGUAGUGUACCGCAGAAGCAAUCUUCUCUGAGAGUAAGUGUAAGUGAAGAAAACUAUGGUCAACCUCAGAGUAGAACAAACAUACAAGAUUUGCAUGUCUCUACUUCACGUGUUCUGAGUGAAAUUGACGCCUCGACUGCACAUUUUUUGAGUGAAAUUGAACCCUCGACUUCACCUUUUUUAAAUGAAAUUGACGCUUCGAUUUCACCUGUUCUGAGUGAAAUUGACCCCUCGACUUCACUUUUUUUGAGUGCUGUGAAAAUUCUCACUGACUUUGACAUGCCACCUCUGACCUCCUCAGUAGAUCCUGAAGGAUUGUCUCAGAGCCCGUCAUCUUUGACACUCGUGUCCCCCAGCAUGACUGCACCCCUUCCCCUCAGCCCCAUCUCCUCAGACACUAUCGAGAAUUCCUUGUCUCUGAGCUCAGCAGACUCGCCCACAGCGGGGACGCCCUCUCUCCUCGUCUCGGCAGAUAGCGAUGACGUUCUACGCGCCUCAAAUACUAUGUCUGUAGUGCACGAAACGAGUCCUCCCCUGCAUGCCCCUCCCCCUAGCCUAGAUCUUUUCACAACGAGUGCUGCAGACAGGCCUGAGUUUUCGUCUGUUGCUAACUCGGACGAUGACGCAGAGGGAGAAACGUUAGUGACACCGACCUCAAUGUUUUCUCUCCUAGAUUUGGAACAGUCAUUAUCUGACUCAAGUGAUUCAGCUUCCUUGCCAGAAGUAAAUACGAUUAUAAUCUCCUCCAAAAGUGCCUUACUGCCAUCAGCGUCUGACGCGACAUCGUUCCUUUCAGACAAUGAUUUUCUUCCCGCCUCUCAGUCACCGACCCCAGGUCUGUCUGCCCCCGCCUCACACACUGUCCACGUGUCCCCUGUGUACUCACAGACUGACAUUGCUGGCGGUUUAUUCUCACACGUUUCUCUCACCUCCGAGGUCCAGGAUACCAGCACGACGACCGGUCUUCUAGUUGUUCCAUCGUUAUCGGAAGCAAUCUUCGCCACUUUUGAUCCCACGGACCCACAGAGCUCGCUCUACCUGACCCCUAGUCAAGCCACCAGUUUGACACUGAGUUUCAGUUCACUUGACCUAGCCCCAAGCCAAGUGACAAGUUUGUCACUGAGUGACAAUCCAUUCGACCUAGCCUCUAGUCAAGCAACAAGUUUGUCACUGAGUGACAAUCCAUUCGACCUAAUCUCUAGUCAAGCGACAAGUUUGUCACCGAGUUUCAGUUCUGUUGAAAUAUCCCCCGUGUCUGACAGCUCAACGGAUGUCAUUUUCUCCGAUGAUGGUCUGUCGUCCUUCAAAGAAAGCCCGAAUUCCUUUUCAACAACGACGGUUCUUCCAGAUGACGUAUCAAGUGCUUUAGCCGAGCAAAGUGAUUUCGUCGUCUCUGAUGCAGACGUGACGGACACCGGGCCUAGAUCGUCUGAGAACCCCAGGCCAAGCCCCGAUCUGCAGACGUUCUCGUAUUCACAAACGCCUGAUGUACCCAGCCUAACUGCCCAGGCCGCUCUUCAAGAUGUCAGCCAAACGGUUUCUUCUCCGCAAAUUGCUUCAUCUGGAGAUCUUGCUCAAAGUUCAGACGUAAGUCCUGAUAUCUCCGCCCCCGCAACCCCAGACCCCAAUUUGCAUUCCUCUUUUGAUUCAUCGCUUCAAACAGAAUUGGGUUUAACAUUUUCUUCGAUUGAACUUUCACCGACUGAGGCAUCCGUGAGUGAGACACAAUCACAACUGAACGUUCUAGCUAGUUCAGUAGAGCAACUAGUGAGUGCAAUAUCAGACUCUGGAUUGUUACCAGCUUUUUCCUCUGUAAGUCGCGGUCCAAGCAACGGUUUUACAUCUGUGUCUUCUAGUUCCGACGACAUUCUAGCAGCUUCUGCCUUCUCAAUAACAGAUUUGCUAGCUGACCGAUCGACCACAGAUUCUGUAUCGGACUCCACAGCUUUUCAACCAUCACAGGACUCACCAGAUGGACAAACGGCUCCCAUAUUGACACAAGAACCGUCACUGACACAAGAACCGUCACUGACACAAGAACUGUCACUUACACACGAACCGUCACUGAUACAAGAACCGUCUCUGACACAAACGCAAGAUGGCACACCAGCGUUACAGUCCUCGCCCGACAUGGUGUUGACUUCCGGCGUCGCUGUGUCAGCUUCUUCCGGUCAGGACUAUGAGUUGUCGGACCUCUCUGUGUCCGAUAUGUCAGUAUCGGUUUCCCUCAGUGACCUAAAUUUGCCCGUGACCUUUGACGAUUUCACCGCCACCGACUCCAUGAACCAAGUUCCGGCGACUAUAGCCUCGGGCCAGCUUCAGCCAUCCAUGUCCCUGGACCUUGAGUUUUCAAACACGUUUUCUGAUAACGCGCAGUCUUCACUGGUCGCGAGCCUUGACUCUCCGACGCUCACUCUGAUGUCAGUACCUAGUGUGCACUUUGACAUCGACUCCUCAAUGACCUUCAUAACGCGAGACUCAACACAAACGGUGAGCGUAUCAGAGACGCUUCCUGCGCCCUCCUCCGGAGUACUGCCGAUAGAUGUCUCCUCAUCGUAUUCGUCUAGUUACCUUGAUGUGUUGUCAGCAAGCCCUGACUUUCCCUCUACAACCGGGACAUCUCAGGAUAUGUCGCCAACAUCAGCGCUACCCGCGGUGUCCAGUGACGUCAGUCUCCCUGAGAUCCCGGUGUCGCCGAGUGGCACAUAUGUAAGUGAACUACCUACAGCAGACGUAACGUCAGGUCUCAUGCCAAGUGACGUAUCAGAGCUCCCGGCUGAUGACGUGUCAAUUUCUUCCACCUUUGAUGGGUCCCCGCAAAGCUUACCUGGUGACGUUCUGUCUCAAGCCUUAAGUUCAGCGCUCGAGUCAUCGACGCCGAAUUUGGACUUCACCUCAUCGAACAUUUUGCAAUUUGAAUCCCUUUCCAAUCCAGGGUCGUUUCCGUCAUAUCAUGAAGACUUGUCGGUCACCAAAAGUUUGCUGGAUGUUGUCUCAAGAAGUCUGCCGGAGGAUAUUGCAACAAUAGUUCCUAGCUCUAGAGAUACAUUCUCAACAUUGACUUUUUUCUCUGCGUCAUUACAAGAAUCGCUACUGGAUUCAUCCUACAGCCGCCCAUCCUUGCCAUCGAGUGUUUCCGCAUUCAUCCCAAGCUUGGACGUGGUCUCACUGAGUCUAAAAGAUGAUGUCGGAAUGUCUGUGUCAAGUCCUCCCGAUGGCGUCUCAACGUUGAGUGAAAACUACGUGCCAUCACAGGAAUCUCAGCUUGAGUCUGUCUCGAGUUCUGCGACAUUUUCAUUCCCAGUUUCCCUAGAUGAUUUCUCUGGCACACUAAGUGUUGGUACGAUCUCAGCGAGCGUAAACAGCGACGCUGUGAUGUCGGUUCUAAGUUCAAGAGAAACGAGCACGACAUUUAGAUUUGACUUUCCUACUUCGCAGUUUUUGUUGAUUGAUUCAUCCUCGCCGAGCGCCGCUGUCUCAGUGCCGCCAUUGUCACCGGAAGUAACGCCAUCACCCCUGUCCCCGGAUAGCACACUCAGAUUUCCCGACGACAGCCAAGCGUCAUCUGUCUGGUCCUCCUCGGUGAGACCGUUCUCGGAUUUCGCUACGGUGGACGGUGUUGAUUCAACCAUGACCCCUGUGAGUAUAUUCCCCACGCCAGUUUCUCUGGAAUCUCUGACGUCAACAAGAGCUGGUACCAUUGCCUUCAUCUCUGAUGAUAAUAUGUCCUCACAGGUUUCUUCUGACGCAUAUCCAUCUCUCGCUCCAUUCAGCUCUGGCACGGAGACCGACUCAAGCACGUUCCCCACAGAGCUACAACAAUCAACGAUCUCACCAUCCGCGUCUGUCAUUCCAGACUCCUCGUCCUCUGAGCCUCUCUCCUCAAGGAGAUCAGACGAGUCGGCGGCGUUGUUGUCGUCACUUUAUUCUACUUCAUCGUUACUCCCAUCGUUUUCGGAAUCAUCGAUAUAUUAUGUCCCCCUCUCGUCUGACCAAGCCUCACCACCACCACCAUCAUCAUCACCAUCAUUCCUCGACCUUCCUUCAAGCGCCCUGGCUACGUCACAAGAUCAAGCAUCCCCUGCCCUAGACUCCGCCCUCCCGCCUGGCUCCGCGAGUCCCCCCACUGUCAGUGUUUAUAACUCUCCCACAAUGCUCACCGAUCUCCAGGUUUCUUCCUCCCCAGCCUCACGACAGUCUCCCGAGUUCUCCCCAAGCUCAGGUUUCUUGACCACGACAGACCAGUGAUAUGACGCCAUCCCUACUGGACGCCCAGAGCUCACCCUCCUCCGCUGGUAACCUGGUGACUUUCCUGACACCAGUUAUGACGUCACCGACAGCUCCCCUGACGUCAGAGGCGAUGACGUCGUACGUGAUGUCAUCAAUCAGUGCUGUCGGUUCGUCCCAGCCGGUGGACAGCACGUUUGUGAUACGUCCUUCAUUUGAGUCAAGUCUGGUGCCAACUGCGACAUCGCCGGUGGAAGAAUCAUCGCUUCUGUCGUUUUCCUUGCUGGGGUCAGAAGAUCUAGAAACUUCACAAAGUUCGGGGUCCCCAGAUGUAAUGCAGUCAAUCGGAGCAACAACUACGUCCUUCUUGACCCUUGAACCUUCCAGUCUGCUAGAAAGUUCCGAGGUCAUCUCUCAGCAGACGCUGGCAGUGUUGACCCUGUCAAGGGACACUACUGUGUUCUUGUCGUCGACGACAGCUGCUGUAGAACCAUCAACAGAGUUAUCUUCAUCUCUGUCUACGCCACAGAUCGCAGCGUCGUUUUCUUCCCUGGCGUUUUCAGACAUUUCCUACGAAGACGUAUUACCGACUGCCACUUCCCCCUCCCUCCUUGACUCUUCCAGUCUGCAAUCUCCGAUGCUCACCAAAGAGGAUUCACUUCUUUUUCCGUCGUCCAUGUAUGCCUCAGACACACCCCAACCUUCUUCCACACCUAUUGUCGUCUCACCUCUGCUUUCCGAAUCGGAUAUGAACACAAGACAGCAAUAUUCAUCGAUUGUGACGCCACUUCCUUCGAAGACCACGGACGAUUUUCCUUCAUCACUUCCCACAGUUAGUCCCGAUUUCUCGCCAGACAUCUCACAGCCGUCAGCUGCUUCUGUCGUCCCCACUAGUGAUGUCGUGUUAUCUUCUCAGUCGUUACCUUCUUCAUCGUUUGUGUCGUCAUCAUCAUCAUCAUCGCCGGGAUUCUCUGACUUGUUGACUCCCUCACUGACGUCAGAGCCUGUGGCUGUAUCCUCCUCAAUUAGUGUCUCACUCUCGUCACCUUUGACCCCGGGGUCGACUUUGGCCGUGUCGGAGCUGGACAGCUUGACCACAGGGAAAUCCUCCUUUAUUGACCUGAGUGCGAGCGUCAGUUCUGACGACUUUGGGUCAGAGGUCGUCGUGACGUCACUGGAGGGGGCAACAAUGAACACGGCGUGGUCCACUCAGGUGUCUGAGACACUGACGUCAUCAUCGCCACUACUGACGUCAUCGUCACUACUACUGACUUCACCCGAGUCAUCGCCGCUGCUCCUGACGUCCUCUGACGUCACAUUCUCACUGUUCUCUAACGCUGUGACGUUAGCUAUCCCAGACACUUUAGCGAUGACGUCAUUUUCCUUAGAUAUUUCCUCAGAGGCUGUUUAUUCAUCGACGCCCACACUUCUUCUCACCGAGUCUCCCUCCCCCUCCUCCCCGUUCUCGUCUGCCGGGCCGGGCGUUUUCUCUCCCCUCACGACCGCUGUCUCUACAGCUCUUGGCUCAUCCGCAGCUGCAGAGCUGUCUCCAUACAGCACAGAGAUGUCAACACCUGCAUCGUUUCUGUACAGUUCACCGUUAUCAACACCGUCAUCGGUUCUGUACAGUUCACUGUUAUCAACACCGUCACAAUCGUUUUCAUUCAUCCCAGAUUCCUCAAUGGUCGUGCUGUCGUAUUCCUCCGACCUGGAUAUGUCAACAGUGACGUCACCAGUCACCUCCACCAGCCCCGACUCGGCCGGUGUGGUCUCGCUGGCGUCGACGGAACAGUUUUUGUCAUCCAGAGAAGACUUUUCAACCCCAUUAUCGUUAUUGCCAUCGUUAUCGUCACCCUCGUUCUCGUCUAGUUUUGAGACGUCAGCCUUCAUAGAAUCACCGACAUCAGACUUAGGAGUACCGACACAGUCGCUAAUCUUUUCGCCAAGUUUUGACGUUUCAACUGUCUCGUCGUCGCCAUUUUCUUUAUCAUCCUUUGUCGUUAGCUCGUUAUUGUCGUCACCCUCAGCCCCUCUCUCAUCAUCCUCCAUGUCUGUUGUAGAUGUGGAGACGUUGACCCCACCAUUGCUAUUUUCUUCAUCAUUUUCACUGAUCGUUGACUUGUCUACGACUCUAUUGCCGCCGUCAUCAAUAACUUCCUCUUUUGUCUUCGAAUCAUCGACUGCACUGUCCUCAUCGUUUUCCUCGUCGUCUCUCGAGGUGUCAAGUACACUCUUGCCAGAUUCAUCGUCACCAUCGUCAUCAUCAUCAUUAUCGUCAUCGCCAACCAUCGACACGACAUCAGCCGUAUCAUCUCCCUCGGCAACGCCACCACAAUCCUCAUCACCCGUCGUUGAGCCGAGUCCCACCACGUCAAGCGUCCAAGCCCCACUCUCCUCUUCAGCUGCACCACCGACAAGCCCCGCCCCCACCCGUACAUUGAGCCGGCUAGUGAUGACGACGACAUGACCUGGAUCAUCGUGGGCAGCGUUCUGGGCGGCCUGCUGCUACUGGUGGUCGUCAUCAUCAUCGUCUGCUGCUGCUGCUGUGGCGUCUGCUCCAACCGCCGGGGUCAGGGAGACAAGGUCAUGACCUCUGAUGACCUCGACGAGGCGCCCUCCCUGCCGGAGGUCGUGGGCAAGGCCGACCCCACAGAGCUCAGUGGAACAUCCCGAGGCCACUUUGGAGAUGGAGAGAGAGAUGGAGGAAGUGGAAGACACACCACAGAAGAGAAAGAAGAAAAAGAAAAGAGUGCCGAUGGACACUGAAGCAGACAUGGACAUCCGGUCAGUGUACGAGAGUCAGAUGGCCAGUCUGGCCGCCACAAACUCCCCGCCCACCAGUGACGUCAACACCAUGUCCAGGUCGCUACAGCCCACGGUGGAGGAAGAGGGGGACCUACUUGAGAAUGCUGAGGAGGAGAGAAAGAAGAACAAACAAAGACUGAGGGCGAAGAAGAUGAAAGAAAAAGAAUUCAGCUCCCCCGUCAAGACCAGCGAAGAAAUGACCGUUGCCUAUGAGAACGCCCAGAAGGAAAUUGACAAAGUCCUUGGACCCAGGGAUAAAGUGGAGGAAGAGGAGGAGGAGAGGAGGAGAAAGAAGAACGUUCUCGGACGAGGAGAAGAAAGAGCCUGAGCCGGAGAGCCUGGAGUCUGCGCGGCAGAGGAUGCACCAGUUGUUGGACGACGCCUUCUCCCUCAUCUCUCACAGCAAGACCAGCAUAGGCUCUAGAUCUAGCCAGUCUUCGAAGAAGUUGAAAAGGAACAAAGUGGAGCCGUCCCGACAGAGCAGUGACGAGAAAAGUUCUCCGCGGUCCGAGGCCAGCAGCAGCCGCUCACACCGGAAAGAAAAACAGCUGUCGAGACAACCGAGUGUGGAAACAGAGAUUGCAGAGAAGAAGCACACGCCACUGCACGUGCAGAGAACACACGAGGAUUACGAUGCAUCCGGUCUGGUCAGCUGGAGCCCGUACAGAGCCGCAGACGACACAGCUCUUAUCUCCCUUCCUAACGCACAGCAGACAAACUUGUCGACAAAACCGCCGAAGCAUGAGAAGAUUACAACUUCCACCUUUUCUGAAUCUCUACCUUCGAGCUUACGAACAAACUUCUACACAAACCAACCUGGUGAGCCUAUUGUGAUCAACUCCAGGAACCUGGCUUCGAACCAUCCACCUUCAGAGACUCAGUCGGGAACUGUUCCUCCCCCCGGGCACCCUGUGACGGCCGCGAACUACGUCUCCCGAGGAACGUUCCAGAACCCUCUCUAUGACUCGUCCACCAUGGACAGAUAUUCCGACCCGUACCAGGGGAUGAAUUCGUUCCAAGCGAUCCCGGCUAGCGGCGGCCCAAACACAUCAACCGCCCGGCAAGGUGGAGGGUACAGGGAUGGGGAUGGUAGGUCUCCCAGACUGGCUCAGAGUGACCGCUACUCUAGCAGUCCCCGGGACCAAACGUCCGGCGUGAUUGACGUGAGAGAGCAUAACGCCCCCCGCAGCGGUCAAGUCCCGAACCAGGACGUGGUGGACGUGAUCUCAGACAGCGUGCGGCCCGGGGCGUCCCCUCAGCCGCUCAUCAACAGUCUCCGCGAGGAGUUACAGGCGCUGUCCAGCAAGAAGAUGGUUGGGAAAAGUUCACUGAGUCACGGUGGCGACAGAGAGGAUGCUGGGAACUCAGACCACAGUCAAACGGAGCCGGGGUCGAAGACAAAUGGUUCCACCCGGACACACGGCCUGGGGGAGGGGUCGUCUGGGUGGGGGUCCAUGCCGCGUCGGCGGACAGACAUCUAACGUGUUGUGUGGGGGUCCAUACCGCGUUGACGGACAGACAUUUAAUGUGUUGUGUGGGGGUCCAUGCUGCGUAGACGGACAAACAUCCAACGUGUUGUGUGGGGGUCCUUGCCGCGUUGACGGACAGACAUUUAACACUUUGUGGUCCCUUGGCGCAAUAAUGCGAUAGUGAAAAUGAUCUCUUCCGGUCACCUAGCACAGUUCUGUGUCUAGCCCGAGAGGUCCAUUGCUGUCACUCUCUUGGCUGGGUGACCAGAUUGGAUAUUUUGUACUGCUGGCUGUGUAACUGCAAAGUGUUAACAUGCUCUGUCGUUGUCCAUGCCAUGUCGAUGGACACACAUUUAACGUGCCUGUCACUAUUUUGUGUGUACUUAUUAACAUAAACUAUUUUAAAUAAAGAAAAUAGUUUAUUUUAUAAAUUGGAAACCUUUUGGUAAUCAAAAUGUUGAUUUCUGUAUAUGUUUAACAUUGUUAGUUAAUACUAUAAACCUUGAUGCAGACUUCCCUUGUGGUGAAAACUGUUGAUGAUGUUGACUCAUUCCUGGUUGUAUUUCAGCAAACAUCAUUUUGUAUGUUAUUGUAAAAUUCAUUUCCAUGAUUAACAGGGAGAAGGGUGAAGGAGCUACAAUGUUCUUUUCAGGCAGCUUCUUAAUUAAAUAACACAAUUAUACAACAACUUAUGAAUGGGACCAGAUUUUAAUAUCAAUAAAGUUUAAUUGUGGUUUUAU